AGGUGUGUAUAGAGACUAUUGAAAUGGAACUGUUUCCUUGACUUCAUUUUCACUCUAUUAUCAGUGUGUAACAAAGCUACUGAUUUCUGAAUUUGGAUUUUGUGAAUUGCUACUUACUGAUAUUCACAUUGAAUGUGUAGAAGUUGGGAGUUUGUUCUCUCCUUCCACCACAAUGACUUUGUAUUAGUUGAGCUAUGCUGCAGACCCAUGGUCUAUUAAUUGAUGAAAUGUGGUGUUGAAGUCAGUCAUUCUUCUUGUAUCCAGAUCUCUCUUCAUGACCAGUACUUCUUGAGCGAUGAAACUGAUUGUACCAAUGUGGGAACAGUUUUUAUAGAAAAUACCUCUUGCCUCAAGAUACUGAACUUUUCCCAGAUCUUCUAACCAAGUUGAUGCUAUGUCUUGAGAUUAUUUAAAACUACAUAUAUAAACUGCUCUUCUAGUGUGAACUCAGCUUAACUUGAGCUUAACUUAAACACUCAGUUUAACUUGAGUGUGAGAAAACAACGUAACCAACAUUCCUAUGAACUGGAUUUUCCAUGCCAUCAGCUUUUACUACCUAAGCGACAUGUACAGCGUUAAUAUUAAAGUAUGUAUGCUUCUGUGCCCCUUAUCAAGGAUAAUGUAGAUAAUGUAUGUGUGUAUGUUGUGGGAAUCAUAUGCUGAAAGCCGCUAACAAGUUCAAAGCAACCUUACAUGACAAAUGUCCCGUAAAUGUUGGAAGCAGCAUGUGGAUAUUCUAGGUUGAUAACAUCUCUCUGCAGUUUUGAACGCUAUCAUGGGUCAGUUAAGUAAUUUCUUCCCUUGCAAAACUCGGUUAAAGAUUUCUGUAGAAAAGAAUUUCUCAUUCCUUCCCCCUACUAUGUUUUCUGUGCUUUUAAAUAAAUACAGAGCAAAGCCCUUUGUUAGGGACAGUCAGACACCAUACAUGCGGCAGACAGACCACAGUCAGGCCCCAGAUCAGAAACUCCAGACAGACAGAUGAAAGAUAAGGGGAGAGGAGCAGGGAACUCAAAUGUGGGCUCACUAUUGGUCCACAGCACUCCAUGAAGUCUCUUGUAUCAUCCCUCCAACAUUUGCCAUGUGUACUUCCAAUUAUUAAAUCUUUUGAUGGAUUGUUCUCUUUAUUAAGAUGCAGUGACCUUCUUUAUCUCUCCUUACAGUUUUCGUCUUGAAGUCAGCUUUUCCAGAUAGGAGUAGAGCUGCUUUUGCUUAUAUGAAGAUUCUGUUUGCCUGGAAAGACAAUAUUCCAAACUUUCACGUGCUGUCUUUUAAUCUUUGACAAGGAGGGCAAGAAGCCUGGAAAAGGGAGCGCCACACAAUGCUUAAACAAAAAGUUAGGCGUGUUGGAGAAGGAGAAGCCAUGGGUCCAUCACCAAAGAAAAGGUACACCAUGGACAUGGUGUCAAACAAAUCUCUUCAAGCUUCUGCCAAGGCGAAGGGCGAAGGUGCUACUGUCAUCCAGAAAGCCCAGGUGGGGAUGAUGGAGGGUGAUUCCAAGUCACCUGAAGUCUACCUGAAAGAAUAUGAUCAAAACCAGCUUAAUCCUGCGGCAGGAGAAGCCAUUCUCCCCAGUCCACAAGGUUCUCUGACUGAGGACUCUCUUCACCGCAAAGAUGAUGUCACAGUUGCAGGGGGAAGUGUUAGCUGUGACGACUCUGCAAGCACUGCUAAUGCACCAGCAACACCUUCAUCAGAAGCUGGCCCCUCUGUGUCCCCACGGAACUCAACUAUCACUAAUUAUGAAAUAAAACAUGCUCUGAGGACAGAAAUCCGACGCUAUGGGCGCCAAUAUGGAAGGAUUUUCAAGCUGCUUGAAGAAGUACAGGGACCUCUGGAAGUCCGGAAACAGUUUAUUGAGUUUACCAUCAAGGAAGCGGCAAGAUUUAAAAGACGUCACUUAAUACAUUAUCUUGAGGAGAUACUGGAAAAGUUAAUGUCAGAAAUCUCUCUCAAGAACAAUGAUCUAAACCCAAGUGUGUGAUCCUGUUAUUCCCGUGGUCAGAAAGAUACAACAUAUAUUUUAAUGUGUUCCUGAAUGUAGCAGGGAGAUGCUGAAGCCUCCCAUUAUGUAUUAGCUAAGAUAAUUACCUCUACGAAAACUGUCUUAAACUACUUUGAAUAAAAGAUGGGCUUUCUCUUUA